AUGGCCGAACAGUCGACAUCCGACAACCCACCAUCUUCUUCAAUGCUCGUCGUUGCUGAUCGAUCGAUCUUCCCGGAGAACUGUACGUAAAAUAAAAAACUUUUCGGAUCAAUCACUGACUUUUUCAAAUUGCAGUCAUGUCAUUUGUCGUUCAGUUUCCAAGACUCGAUCUCUCGACCAAUGCGGGUAAGAGAGAAACUUAAAUUCCACGUUUUCCGAAUUUAGAAACUGAAUUUCAGGACCAGAUGACGUCAAGAGCACAGAAGACGGCGGCACUCCGGCUGAGAAACUUGGAGAUGGAGCACAGGUCAAAGGAGACGAGGAGCAACUCGGAAAGUCUGGAAAGGAACCGGACAGAGGUCAGUGCAAAUAGUAUUUGAACCUGAAAAACUUCAAAUUUUCAAAAUUUUCCCUUGUAAUCAGAAUAUGGAUCAUAAAAUAUAUAGAUAAUUACUAAAGUCACUUACCUUUUUAUUUGAAAGGGGUAGCAAGCCAAAAAAUUCACGUUUUUCCCCCAUUUUUAGAAACAUUUUGGGCGGAAAAACAGCAUUUAGUUUACAACAACUUCAACUUGGAAACCUGAAGAUACCUUGAGUUCCUCUGACAAUUUCAAAGUCAAAUAUUGUGAGCACAUUUGAAAAACAAAAAUUAAUUUUGUUACAGAGACUUCGCAAGAGAACACAUCGCCCGAGGGCCCAAACACGCUCCGCAGAAGCACGAGACGCAAGCCGGGACCAGCGAAAAGAUUUGAUGAGGAGGUGAAUCAGAAGCGCUGCGUACCGUGUACCGUGUCAUGUUUUUUCUUUUUACAGUACGGAGAGAAGGGGCCAAUUCCUAAAGAACAACUUGAGCACAUGAAAGAGUGGAAGCCGAUAGAACCCGAAAGAUUGGCUGACAUCUUGGAGACGGUGAGUUACAUAGUGAAUUUAUCUGAAAAUUCAAGGACAAAGUGAUUUGCAGAGAAGAUUUGUGGAGGAAGAGAUGGCGAGAAGAAAAGCGGCAAAAGAUGAAAUAGACAGUAAGACUUGCAACUUGUACGAGGUCAAGCCUUACGAAUUUCUGGAUAUUGCGGAUUUGGAAGAUUUUCUCGAGCAAUCAGAGAAGGAGCAAGCAGAGGAGGACGAUCCGCAAGAUUCUCUGAACUUCGAACAAUUGGAGUACAAUCAAGUUUAUUUUCAGUCGCCAAUUGACCAGCAAGAACUUAUGAAUCUCAUCGAUAGUUAUUGA